AUGGUGAACUUCUCCAAGAAACUAACAACAGACCAGGUUCCAGGAUGGGAGGAGUACUACUUCAACUACAAAUUGCUCAAGGCAAGAGUGAAGGUGUACACGGUGCAGACAAAGCAAGGCAAUCACGACCGAAGACGUGUUCUGAAGGAUUUCUCAAAGCUGCUUGAUGAUGAGAUUGAGAAGAUAGUGCUGUUCAUGAUAGAACAGCAAGGGCUGAUCGCGGCGCGUCUCGAGGAGCUAGGGAAGCGAAGGGCGGUGCUUGAGGACAUCCCACUGCUCCAGGAGAUAACUGAACUGAGGGAGGACUACAGGGCAGUCGGCCAUGAUCUUGUCAGGCUUCUGAGGUUCGUCGAUCUCAAUGCCAACGCGGUCCGGAAGAUCCUCAAGAAGUUCGAUGAGCGUCUAGGGUAUAAGUUCACCGAUUACUAUGUCAGGAGCAGAUCCAACCACCCCUACUCUCAGCUCCAGCAGGUUUUCAAGCAUGUGGGUAUUGGAGCCGUUGUGGGGGCAUUGUCUCGCAACCUCGGCGACCUCGAGGAGCGUGAAGGAAGUUAUCUGAAUAUCUAUGACCAGAACCCACUGGCCAUUCCAAAGGACCCCAUAAUCGACAUGAUCAAGGCGACGGCGGACAAGCUGACCAACUCGACCAACUUCCUGCGGUUCCUGGGGCAGCACGCGCUGAUCAGGCAGGGGAGCAUCGCCGACGACUCGCCGGAGGAGCAGCAGGUGUCGGAGGACAAGUACCACUUCAUCUCCCUGGUGCUCAACCUGGCCAACACCUUCCUCUACAUGGUGAACACGUACAUCGUCGUCCCCACGGCCGACGACUACGCCACCAGCCUCGGCGCCGCCGCCACGGUCUGCGGCGUCAUCAUCGGCUCCAUGGCCGUGGCGCAGCUCUUCUCCUCCGUCUACUUCAGCGCCUGGUCCAACCGCUCCUACUUCCGCCCGCUGCUCUUCAGCAGCGUCGUGCUCCUCCUCGGCAACGUCAUGUACGCCCUCGCCUACGACCUCGACUCCCUCGCCAUCCUCCUCGCCGGCCGCGUGCUGUGCGGGAUGGGGUCGGCGAGGGCCGUCAACCGGAGGUACAUCAGCGACUGCGUUCCGCAGAGGAUCCGGAUGCAGGCGUCCGCGGCGUUCGUCAGCGCCAGCGCCCUCGGCAUGGCCUGCGGCCCGGCGAUCGCCGGCCUGCUCCAGGUCAACUACAGGGUGUAUGCGGUCACCAUCAACCAGGACACCUUGCCUGGCUGGGUCAUGGCGUUUGGCUGGCUCGCGUACCUGGUCUGGCUGUGGAUCUCGUUCAAAGAGCCGGUUCUCGGCGACGCCGACGAAGAAGGUCGCCGUCAGGGCUCCUCUGGCGGCUCCUCCAGCUUAGGAUACCGGAAGCAAGGGCUUGCGGGUGAAUACCUGCUGAAGCAGGACGCUCAGGGCGAGAGCGACCAGGAGGAGACGCCGGCUCCGGCGGCGGCGCCGUCGAUCGGCGAGGCGUACGGGCUGCUGACGCCGUCGGUGAAGGUGCAGCUGCUGAUCUACUUCAUGCUCAAGUUCUCCAUGGAGAUUCUGCUGUCGGAGUCGAGCGUGGUGACGAGCUACUACUUCGGGUGGAACACGAGCUCGGUGGCGGUGUUCCUGGCGGCGCUGGGGCUGACGGUGCUCCCCAUCAACGCCGUGGUGGGCACCUACAUCAGCAACAUGUUCGAGGACCGGCAGAUCCUGGUGGCGUCGGAGGCGGUGCUGCUGGCGGGCGUGGCGCUGAGCUUCCACGUGCCGGGGACGGCGUACACGGCGGCGCAGUACGUGUGCUCGGCGCUGCUGACGUUCGUGGCGGCGGAGGUGCUGGAGGGGGUGAACCUGUCGCUGCUGUCGCAGGUGAUGCCGGCGCGGCUGUCCCGCGGGACGUGGAACGGCGGGCUGCUGUCGACCGAGGCCGGCACGCUGGCGCGGGUGGCCGCCGACGGGACCAUCACGCUGGCCGGGUACCUGGGGCAGGGGGCGCUGCUGAACGCCACGCUGCUGCCGUCGCUGCUCAUCUGCGCCGCGUCCAUCGCCGCCACGCUCUCCACCUACAACUCGCUCUUCUACUAG